AUGUUUACCAGGAAAUUACUAAACCAAUAUAUAUUUUUUUGUAAUAAUAUAAAAUGUAUGCAGAUGAGAAAUAUUCAAGCUUCUGUUAUCGGAGCGGCAGGAGAGGUUGGAUCUAACUUGUCACUGUUGUUGAAACAGAACAACAAAUUACAGAGAUUGCAGUUGUAUGACGAUGACGAGAAAAUAAUGGGGACUGCUAUGGAAUUGUCUCUUUUGCCAGGAGGGCCUGAAGUUACCGCAUUCGUUGGGAAUAAUAAUUUGCAUGCAGCGGUCCGAGGCUCUGAUCUCAUCGUGAUGGUGCAUAGAGUUCCUCGCAAACCAGGAAAUUCGAGGGAGCAAAUGCUGGCAGCUAACGCUCCCGCUUUGCAUAAGUUAUGUCGAGCAAUGGCUGACGAGAAUCCGACAGCUUUUUUUGCAAUCGCAACGAUCCCUUUAAAUUCUUUGGUACCUUUUGCAAGCGCACUUUUGUAUAAAUAUGGAACUUACAAUCCUUUUAAGGUAUUUGGCGUGACGCACAUAGAUACAACCAGAGCACGAACUUACACUGCAAACGCUUUGAAUGUAAGCAGUAGAAACUUAUUCCUGCCUGUUAUUGGGGGACAUUCAGACGACACAGUAAUACCUUUAUUCUCAAAUAUUACACCAGUGGACUAUAGCAUAGAUCCUUGCCAAGCAGAUUCAUUAACGCGUCUUUUGAGGAAGGCCGGAACAGAAAUAGUAUUUCAAAAACAAGGCAGCGAAGCAGCUGUUUUGGGAGUCGCUUGGUCUAUUAACGAAUUUUGUGAUUUAAUAUUUGAUGCUCUUUGUGGUAGUGAAGUUAUAGUAAAUAGCUAUACUGCUAAUCCAAAUUUUGGUACAAGGUUUUUUUCUGGUCCAACCACCGUAGGACCUUAUGGCAUAAUAAGUCGACCAUGCCAGCAACUUACCUUCAAUGAUUACGAAUCAUUUCUAUUGAGUGCUUCUGUGCCAGUUAUUAAUAAUGAUGUGAGUAUCGGAGAAAAAUAUAUUCAGUAUGUAGAAAGCAUGGGAAAAGCUAAAUAUUGA